AAAAAUAGAAUCUGUGCGAGAAAAAAUAAGUGUUAGACUGCACUGCGCUUAGUAUGCGAUUUGGCAUGAACCAUGGACCAUCAGGAAGACGCAGGUCAUUCAUACGUCUCGGUCGAAUUUGAAGUGUUCGGCAAAGUACAAGGCGUGUACUUUACCAAAUACUGUAGAGACCAAUGUGCAGAACUCAACAUUGUCGGAUGGGUGAAAAACAGUAAGCGCGGUACGAUUAUGGGAAAAAUGCAAGGACCAAAAUCGAAUGUUGAAGCAAUGAUUGCGUGGUUGUCGAAUGAAGGAAGUCCUGGCAGUAAGGUAGAACGUUGUGAUCUAAUGAAUUUUGAGUACUUGGCCAGGAAGGAGUUCAACGGGUUUAGUAUAAGAUUUUGAUAAGAAAAUUAUUAUAACAUUUAAUUAUUUAUUAUAAGGCUGCUGCUACUGUGCAUACUACAUAGCGGUAAAACAUGUGGAUCUAAAUGUGAAAACUUAAUUAUUUACAAAAAAGACAUGUACAUAUUGUUAAAAAAUUACAUUGUUUAUUAAUAAUUUUAAGUCAAUAUUAGAUCGAAUUACACAUAUAUAAAUGUAUAUAUAUAUUUAUCUUAACAAUAUUAUUUUAUAAGUAAAAUCAAAGUGCAUAAUUAUGAAACUAUAUUUAGAAAA